AACAAGAAAGAAAAGAACAAAAAAAAAAAAAAGGUGCUCAACUCGAAGAGAAACCAACACAAGACGCUCAGCGGACUACUUUACGUAGCCAACUCGCCCAUUGCCUCGUGUCCUCGCAGUUAGCAAGCGCCACUUUCUUUCGCCCGCCCCUGUACGGGAACUUUAACCUAUGGAUAAUGAUGGACUAGCGAGCACGACCAUGGACGAACACAAGACGGCCGAUGCGGUGGCGGUGGCGGUGGCAGUGGCAGUGGCCGUCAACGGCACUCGCGUCAAACACGAAACGAGCCCUACGUCGAACGACAGCAAGAAUGGAUCGCGACCUCCCAGCAGCUCUCCGACUGAGGAGAAGCUCCGUAGCGAGAGCGCGUCGACCCCAGAGGCGGGCCAGCCUGCGAAACCAUCACGCAAAACAUCUCAGAAAUUCGCGCAGAGGGAUCCUCCUCUAUACAAUGACCUUCCCGAUGCCACCGAAGAGUCCUGUCAGGGGUUUCAGGUGAUUCCUGACUGUUUGUACGGCUCCAAAAACAUGGGUUCUACCGACAACGAUGCCCUCGAUUGUGAUUGCCGUGAGGACCUACGAGACGGCAUCAAUCAUUCCUGUGGAGAAGACUCCGACUGUAUCAACCGCGCCACGAAAAUGGAGUGUCUGGUUGGCAUGGGGAACUGCGCAGGCGGUUGCCAGAACCAAAGAUUUCAGCGCAAGGUAUACGCAAACGUCUCCGUCAUCAAGACGGAAAAGAAGGGCUACGGCCUCCGCACCAACGUCAAUUUGCAGCCAAACGAUUUUAUCUUCGAGUACAUUGGCGAGGUCAUCAACGAACCCACCUUCCGUCGCCGCAUGGUCCAAUACGACCAGGAGAACAUCAAGCACUUCUACUUCAUGUCUCUCACCAAGCACGAGUUCGUCGAUGCCACCAAGAAGGGUAACCUGGGCCGCUUCUGCAACCACUCGUGCAACCCCAAUUGCUAUGUCGACAAGUGGGUUGUCGGCGACAAGCUGCGCAUGGGCAUCUUCUCCGCCCGGGCCGUCAAGGCGGGAGAAGAACUGGUAUUCAACUACAACGUGGACCGCUACGGCGCCGAUCCCCAGCCCUGCUACUGCGGGGAGCCCAACUGUACGGGCUACAUCGGCGGCAAGACCCAGACGGAGCGUGCCACGAAGCUGCCUCUGGCCACGGUGGAAGCUCUCGGCAUUGACGAUGGCGACAGCUGGGACAUCGCCGUGGCGAAGAAGCCGCGCAAGAAGAAGCCCGAAGAGGACGACGAGGAGUACGUGAAUCGUGUGGAAGCCCGCGGGCUCGACGAAGAAGGCGCGAGGAAGGUCAUGGCCACUCUCAUGCAGUGCAAGGAGAAGUGGAUCGCCGUCAAGCUGCUGGAGCGCAUCCAGCGCUGCGAUGAUCCUGCUGUGAUCACCUGCGUUAUGCGAAUGCACGCCUACCAGAUUUUGAGGACGACGCUCAACACCUUCAUCGACGACAACAAUGUCUCUCUGCAGGUGCUGAACAUUCUCGACAAGUUCCCUCGCCUGACCCGGAACAAGAUUCAGGACUCCAAGAUCGAAACCACCAUCGAAGCCCUCACCCGUUCAGAACACCCGAGCGUGGCCGCCGAGGCGACGCGUCUGCUCGAGGAGUGGGGCAAGCUCGAAGUGGGCUUUCGCAUCAAGAGAAGACGCAAAAUCGACCCCAAUGCACCGGGUUCUCUCGCGACGACAAUACCCUCUUUUGAAGAGCGUCGCAAUAUGGACCGCGAGGAGGACCGGCCCAAGAAGGAGCCGACCUUCGGCGCCGACGUCCCCAAGGGACCCAGGAGCAAUGUUCCCCAACGCAACGCCAGCUUCUACACCGGCAACCGGCAUCAUCGUCGGCCCCAGAACAACUUCAACGGUCAGCUCCCCGAAGGGUGGUUCACGGCCAAGGACGCCCGCGGCAACGUCUAUUUCUAUGACAAGACCGGCGCGACGACGUGGCAGCGUCCCAAUAAGCCAGCCGCCGAGCUGCAAAAGGCCACGUCCAAGGUCUUGCAGGAACAGCAGCUCCUCCAGAAUAUCAUCGACCAGGUCACCAAGGAACGCACCACGCCCAAGUCGUCGGACAAGGGUACCCCGCAGCAAGCAGAAGUCCCGGUAAAGGAGACCAAACAGGAGAAAUGGCGUUCCCUGUCGGUUGAAAAGCAGAUGAAGAUCUAUGAGAACACGCUUUUCCCACAUGUGAAAUAUGUUCUCGACAAGUACAAGCACAAGCUUCCGAAAGAAGAUUUGAAGAAAUUUGGCCGGGACGUCAACAAGAAGCUGGUGUCGUCCGAUUACAAGAACAGUCGCGUCGAGGACCCGACGGCCCCUCUCAGCUCCAAGCAGGAGAAGAAGGUCAAGCAGUACGUUAAAGACUUCUUGGACCGCGCCGUGGUCAAGUUCAGGGACUAUGAGAGUAGAAAGGCGGAGAAGACAGCCAAGCAGAACGGCUCUGCCGAGGGGGCAGUGGAGGCGGAGAUGAAACACCCGGCUCCAGCAGCAGCAGCAGCAGCAGCAGCAGAAUUGGCCGACGCCGUAAAUGAGGACGAGCCCAUGGCUGAUUCGGUCAUCGAGGACGGUAACGACGGCGACGCCGUUGUAUCUGAUGCCGAGACGGCCGCCUCUAUAGGCAGCCAGGAGCGCAAGAGAAAACGUGGGAGCGAAGAGGGGGCCGCUUCGGCGAGUGUAACACCGUCCGAGACACCCUCGGCGAAGCGGUUGAGGGAAGACGAGGCUCAUGCGAACGACAACGACAUAAUUACACCGCCGCCGCCGCCUCCGCCGCCGCCUCCUGAGGUAUGUCCCGAAGGCGGCGGCGCGCCGGAAGCGCUCACCACGGAGCAGAAGGCGCUGCGCGAACAGGAAGAGGCGCUGAUGAGAGAAAAUGAGGAAGCGUUGCGGUUAGACGCCGCUGCUAGCGACCACAACGGGAGGAAAACGGGCGUCCCGGCUCCAGGGGACCAGGGGCGACCCAUUGUCAACGGCCGUCACAGGAACGAGUGAAGCCAUCGGGUCUUGGGGCAGCAAUUGAGAACUGUGGAAACGGAAAACGGGGGCCCAGUUGGUGGAAGUGCCACAUAGGACUUGUAACUGUACGCGGGAAAUUUCUCUUCGUUACUCUUACUUCCGAACGGGGGUGGGGUUGCGCUCUAACAGGAGGUAGACGCCGUGAAUGGCUCGUCUUUGGUAUCUCGGUGCUCACUUGCUGGGUGUGUAUUUGUAUGGAAUGGGAUGAUUCACCCAAGACCAGGGAGGCCCCAAGUAUGACGAGUCGCGGCCCGCGGCCCGCGGAGCAGGGACUAGCAUGCAGAUUUGUUCCACCUCCUGAUGUUAGGAUGGUUAAACGGUCAACCAACAGGACAGGAUUGGGCGUUAUUAUGACGGAGGAUUAGCCUACUGGACAUACCCGGAACUUUCGGUUUAUUUUCCUCGUAUAGUAUAGAUCACUUGUAUUA